UGCCUAACUAUGAACAAAACUGGGAAACUGACAAACCAGAAAGAUAACCCUUGGUGUAAGUAUAUUUGAAAGGCCCGUGUCAAACUAACCCUUUAUGAACUUGGAAGUUAUCCCCACAAAAAAACGGAACAUUUUCCAGAAGAUGCUUGCUGCAGAACUUUAAGAAUUCUGGGAAAAUUCGGAUAUUUCACUAGCUAGACCCCAUGAAUCGAUUAAGUUUGUUCAUUUUGCAGCUCAAUUUCAUGUUCUUCCAUGUCAAAGCACAAUCUUCCUCAAACCAAGGGGAUGGUCCACGAAAUUUUCAACCAAGUCUUGGUGUUGUCUUAGGAAUCCUCUUAAUCAUGUUCUCCGUGACAGUCGUCCUUCUGCUCUAUGCCAAAUUCUAUCGGAGAGGAUCUGUUCAUGGCAAUACACAGAACUUUGGAUUUUUCAGAUCAAGUUCUCGAUUUUCCGGGAUCGAUAAAACUGCUAUUGAGUCGCUUCCUUUCUUUAGAUUCUCUUCGCUCAAGGGUACAAAGGAGGGACUCGAAUGUUCAGUCUGUCUAUCCAAAUUUGAAGAUGCCGAAAUCCUCCGGCUGCUGCCCAAGUGUAAGCAUGCCUUUCACGUUGAAUGCAUCGACAAUUGGCUUGUAAAGCACUCGAGCUGUCCUCUUUGCAGGCACAAGGUAAGCGCUGAAGACCCAUCAAUUUUCACAUACACAAACAGUAUGAGAUUGAUGGAGCAAUCAGAGCGGAGAGUUGACUCCAACAUACAGCUCUUUGUCCAGAGAGAAGACGAGAAUCGAGGGUCUUCAAGAUUCAGUAUUGGAAGUAGCUUUCGAAAAGCUGAAAAUGGCAGUAAUAAUCAUAAGGAAGAGAAAUCGUUGAUCCAGGAAGAAGAUGGUGAGGGAGAUGAGGAUCAUCAUAUAGUCUUGCAUAAGCACAAUCACAAGAUCAUUGUAUCUGACUUUGUUUUCAAGAAUCGGUGGAGCAGUGUGAGUUCUUCAGACCUGAUGUUCUUGAACUCAGAGAUGAUAACCGCCAUGUCAAGCAACAGAUUCUCUUCUCUCACUCUGGAUUCAAACAACGAGCAGUCCUCAACGGCAAGAGGUGUAGAAAUUGAGCAGGUUAUGAAGAUCAAAGAAGAGAUGGAGAUGAAGAGAUCAUUUGAAAGCAAGAUUAGCACACUGAGCAAUACUGGUCCAGUUUCAUUUCCAGGCCUUGCUUCUGCAUCAGAUUUUGCAGUAAAUAUUAGCCAGACAUCAAGGCAUAUGAAUCCAGGAGACAGAAGAUCAAUGUCAGAAAUCACUGCUCUUUCAAGACAUGGAGAUUCGGGUAUGAUCAAGAGCAGAAUUGGGGAGUCUUAUAUAGUUGGAAACGGGGAGAAAGAGGAAAGACUCAGACGGCUUUGGUUCCCAAUUGCCAGAAAAACAGUUCAAUGGUAUGCCAACAGAGAAAGAAGGUCCCAACUGAAUCAGAACACACCACAAGCAUUAGAUGUAUAAUUCAGAUUAUAGAUAUCUCCAAAGAAUGCCAUUUCCACCACUUUUACUUGAAUUCAUGGAUACAGUUUCAUGUAGAUUUUAGGUAAUAUAUACGCUGAUAAAGAUGGGAACAGAUACAGAUUUCGUUUUUCAUUUCUGUUAUUUCUUAAGUUUCGCAAAUGGUUCUGAA